GCUUUGCCCUGUGGAGGUGAGGUGGGUUGCUCGUGCCUGCUACUUGCCCAGGCGAUGGAUGCUCUCGCUGGCAGCCCUUUGGGAUGGCUCUGCAUGGGUGUCACUGUGAUUUUUGGGGCCACUGUGCUCUGCAUGGCCAAGAGGAGCCUGGUGGAGAAAGGCAGCGUGCUGGUCUGGAGCCUGCUGCCUGCCUUGCUGGGGCUGCUGUGCGGGACUGUGCUGGGGGCUUGCGGAGGGCUGCUGGUGUUCUGCGGUGCGUGCCUCGUCUCCUCCGCUUACCUGGGUGGCACGGCGCCACUGCCCGUGGGUGACAAAGCCGUGCUCGUCACAGGAAGUGACACUGGGAUUGGACACGCGCUGGCUAAGUAUCUGGAUAACUUAGGUUUUGUUGUGUUUGCUGGGGUUUUGAAUAAGGACGGCCCUGGAGCUGAGGACCUGAGGCGGACCUGUUCUCAGAGGCUUUCUCUCCUGCAGCUGGAUAUAACCAAUCCCACCCAAGUCAAGCAAGCCUAUCUACAAGUCUUGGAGAAGGUGCAAAAUACAGGGCUUUGGGGAGUUGUGAACAAUGCGGGCAUCCUGGGCUUCCCUGCUGAUGGUGAGCUGCUCCCCAUGAGUGUGUACAGGCAGUGCAUGGAGGUGAACUUCUUCGGGGCCGUGGAGGUGUCCAAGACCUUCUUACCAUUACUUCGGAAGUCCCAGGGGAGGCUGGUUAACAUGUCCAGCAUGGCAGGAGGCAUUCCGCUACCGAGGUAUGCUGCGUACGGUGCAUCAAAGGCAGCUCUGUCCAUGUUUUCUGGAGUAAUGAGGCAGGAGCUUUCCAAAUGGGGAAUCAAAGUUGCUGCCAUCCAUCCAUCAGGCUUCAGAACAGGUAUACAAGGCACAUCCGAGCUGUGGGUCAAGCAAGAAAAGGAGCUGGUGGAGCACCUUCCAGCAGACGUGAGACAGGACUAUGGCGAGGACUACCUGCUGGGGCUGAAGAGCUACCUCCCGCAGAUACCUGCGUACUGCGAUGCCGACCUCUCCCCGGUGCUGAGCUCCAUCCUGCACGCCUUGCUGGCCAGGCGGCCCCACAGCUUGUACACCCCUGGCAGAGGGGCUUACGUGCUCCUCUGCAUUUUCUGCUACUUCCCUCUCUGGUUAUAUGACUUUUUCAUUAGUAAGUUGAUGAGCAUUGAGUCUGUCCCAAGGGCACUGAGAACACUGGAGGCUGAAAACAAGAAUCUCUAAGGUAUCCAUCAGCAUUUAUUGCGCUUGAUGAGAUAAAUGGGGGAAAACUCUAUUUUAAGACACGGUUAUUUAUUGUACUGUCUUUGGUAAAUUGAAUUUGUGCUGCCCUGUGAGUGGCGGGAAAUAUUUUGUUUUAAGAAUAGUGUUCAGGAAAAGUGGUAAAUAAACAGAAAUGGGAAAUUAUUCCCAGGCAUGGCCUAUGUGGAGGAGCUGCAACGUUUCCCUGAUGUCCUGGUAUCCUGCCUUCAGUGUGAGAUCUCAUGAGGUUGUAUAGAUCCUGUCUGCUUCAAAAGGCACUACUGACACAUGGACAGAUGUCUAACCUGUGUGUUUUUCUAAGUAGAUCUUUGAAUCCACAAUCUUCUUAAACAUUUGAUAGGAAUAUGCAUCUUCUUCUUUUAUAAAUGUUUAAUGUGAAUACUUCUUAAUGUAGCUUCAGCCUAAUGCUCCUUUUUUUUCCCUGGUUCUGUUCCUGUUGGACCUGAGAAACAAUUGAUCCUUUUUUUAACCCCAACCUUUGUGAAGUAUAAUUAUGUCUGAUGUAUCCUUCUUUGCUGUACCAAUCAACAUAAAUUUGUUGGGGAAAAAUGAACAAAGACUGAUCUUCACCAAGCAGCCAACCAUUUCCUUCCUACAGUAUUAUAAAAAAUGAUAGUAAGUUUAUUGGCUGCUAAUCUGAUAUCAUUGUCUUGGUUAUUGUGUUUUGUCUGUAUAUGCUUCUACUUUAUUUGUAACCCCUAGUGAACUCUGAUCUCACUGCUGUUUUUUGUACAAUUCUGUAUUCAGUUUUGGGUUUAUGGAGAAUUCCACUUUGGAAGUCCUCCUGUCCUGUAUAUUGUUAUUGUAGCUGAGGCAGUCUCUAUUAGAUUUUGACAUCCUUUAAGGAAAACGAGGCUAGAAAUGUUUUUCACCCAGAAAGUCUGAGACUAUUUCAAUGUUCCUGCCCAUUUCUUCCUUUAUUUACUUCACAAACCUUUUUAUUUGUCAGCAAAGUUGCAUAAUAAAAAAUAUUUAGAA